UCGAUAUUUGCGCUGUCAAAGAAAACGCUAGCCUUCGAGCCAAACUUCCGCUACACAAUCGUUCUUUCGUUCUCGACCCGUCAAACCGACCAGAAGGAAAAUGAGAGCUAAGUGGCGUAAGAAGCGUAUGCGUAGGUUGAAGCGUAAGCGCAGAAAGAUGCGUGCACGUUCCAAGUAGGCGCAGCACAGCACCGUCGACCACUGAAUGGAACUUUUGACUUGCAAGCACACUACUACUGAAACAUGCCGUCUGGGCACCACAUUGAGGCCCGAAAAGUAAUUUUGCAAAAACAGUUUUCACGCAGAACAAGAAAAUGUGCAUUUAAAAUACACUUCCGAAUUUCACGUUUAAAUUGAUUCUAAUAAAUUACUGGAUUUUCACAAAAGUUCCAACUGAAUUUGCUCAUGUGUUCUUAAUAAGAGUGGUAGAAAAAAAAAGAACACAAGCCUGAGCAUCCAGCGUGCUGCCUCAACCUAACCACAUUUGUAUGUCAUGUGUAUGUGUGUGUUUUUGUGCACAGGGCACGUUUUGUCUAAAAUGUAAUACUUUGCUUUCGACAUUUUGAUUAUUGUUGAAUUCAGUUCAUCUUGGAUUAUCAAGCAGUUUUGGCCAAAGUUUGGAUGUUAAUGACGCGGUGCCGGCAGAAAACUGGAGAGCGUGUGGUCGCUUGAACCAAGAAGAUUAGUGAGACAAUAUGAGUGAUAAUACGGCGUUCAUACAGGUGCUGCAGGCCUUAGGCGGCGGUGUCGCCGGGGGCUUGACGAGGGCCUUGGUGCAGCCGUUCGACGUGAUAAAGAUUCGCUUCCAGAUGCAAGUGGAGCCAGUGGGCAAGCACGAACAAUGGUCCAAGUACCAGGGUCUGCUGCACGCCUUUGGUAACAUUUACAAAGAGGAGGGACUGCGGGGAAUCUGGCGUGGUCACAACUCCGGCCAGGUACUGAGCAUUACCUAUGCAGUGGUGCAGUUUUGGUCCUACGAGCAGCUCCGGGUCAAGGCCCACAAGAUAGCCUUCUUCGACGACCGACCGAUGCUCUUGUACUUUCUGUGUGGUGGAUUGGCCGGCUGUCUGGGCACCGUGGUGGCCCAGCCCUUUGACGUGAUCCGCACUCAAGUGGUGGCCGCCGAUCCAAGCAGCAAGAGGAGUCGAAUGGGUUCCCUGAGAGGUGUGCGCUUUGUGCACGCAACUGAAGGAAUGCGAGGCUUGUCCCGUGGCAUAAUCUUUACCCUGGUGCAGAUCUUUCCGCUGGUGGGGGCCAAUUUCCUCAUCUACAAGUACCUCAACGCCCUUGUCCUGUUUAUCGUCAAGAAGUCGAAUCCCGAUCACAACAUUCCCGGCUUCUUUCUCUUCCUCAAUGGAGCCCUAGCCGGAGUGGCGUCCAAGUUACUGGUGUAUCCUGCAGAUCUGAUGAAGAAGCGCAUUCAGCUGCAUGGCUUUCAGCAGGAUCGCCAGACGUUCGGUCGGAAUCCCGUUUGUCCGUCGGCAAAGCAAUGCUUCAUAAACACCCUGAAGGAUGAGGGCGUCUCCGGAUUUUACAAGGGCGUUAGCCCCACGCUCCUCAAGUCCGGCAUAUCCAGUGCCUUCUACUUCACCAUCUACGACUACAUUAACCGCUUCGUCAUCCAGCCCGCGCAGGACCGGGAAGAGAAGCGUGUGAAGGAUGAGCUGGCCAAGAGGGCCGAACCCAAGAAGGCCAGUUGGACCUAAUAAAGAUGCCCAUGUGGCUGCCCAUGCCAGCAGCCCCACUCUGUGUCG